AUGUUCGAAUUUCAACGCCUGCAGUGUUGUCACAUUCGGAGAGACAAGUCAUGUGCUUGUAGUGCAGUACAACUAUAUAAUUACAUUAUCUAUCUAUCUAUCUAUCUAUCUAUCUAUCUAUCUAUCUAUCUAUCUAUCUAUCUCAGUAUUUUCAUAUCUAUGUUUCUCAGUAUAUUCACAUCUAUCUAUCUAUCUAUCUAUCUAUCUAUCUAUCUAUCUAUCUAUCUCAGUAUUUUCAUAUCUAUGUUUCUCAGUAUAUUCACAUCUAUCUAUCUAUCUAUCUAUCUAUCUAUCUAUCUAUCUAUCUAUCUCCCCUCUCUCUCUCGUUUUCUCUCAAGUGCAGUACAACUAUAUAAUUACAUUAUCUAUCUAUCUAUCUAUCUAUCUAUCUAUCUAUCUAUCUAUCUAUCUAUUUUACGUCAUCUUUCUUUCUUUCUCCGAAUAAAAGCUGUAAUCUUUGCCUCGUCUUCUUCACCCUCCUUUCUUCCUAACGCUUCCAUUCAACGCAUUCUUUCCCCUUGUCCACUCGCCUUUCACCCCUACUGCCUCGAAAUCAAUCUACCAAAUUUACGCAAAUUCGUUUCUCUCUCGCUCUCGAUCUAUCUAUCUAUCUAUCUAUCUAUCUAUCUAUCUAUCUAUCUAUCUAUCUUCUACUCUCUCUCCUUCUACUUUUCUCUCGACACACGGGAUAUCUAUCUAUCUAUCUAUCUAUCUAUCUAUCUAUCUAUCUAUCUAUCGCAUUCUGUUCUCUCUCUCUCUCUCUCUCUCUCUCUCUCUCUCUCUAUCAAGAGAGAGAGAGAGAGAGAGAGAGAGAGACUGUCUUUCUUGCAUAAUUUUCUCUCUCUCUCUCUCUCUCUCUAUCUAUCUAUCUUUAUCUUUAACUGUUCAUAUCUAUCUAUCUAUCUAUCUAUCUAUCUUUAUCUCUUUAACUGUUCAUAUCUAUCUAUCUAUCUAUCUAUCUAUCUAUCUAUCUAUCUAUCUUGCAUGAUUUUCUGUCUAUCUAUCUAUCUAUCUAUCUAUCUAUCUAUCUAUCUAUCUAUCUAUCUCCUGUCUAUUCAUUUGUCUUUUCUUGCAUGA